AUGGAUUUAAGCUCUAGUAGUUCCUCGCACAGCGACAAUGAAGAUUUGGAAAAUAAAGAAGAAACUGCUCAACAAUGGAUAUACCGACACCUCGUGGAGUUUACUAAUUGUGAAGAUAGCUCUGCCAAGAGUUUAGUAGAAGGAGAUGUUGCUCCGCUUAUCCAGCUUGUUACCGAUAUGGCACAGACCAUGUGCUUGUUUGUGACUGCUACUAAACCAGUAGUUCUGGACUUCUCUGCGAUAGCAGCAGAGCCAAUACCUUUACCAGUUCCGGAGGAAACAAAAACCGCCAAGAAGAAAAUGAAGAAGAAAGGGAAAUUGAAAGCUUUGAAAAAGAAGAAAAAUAAAACUAAAGGAUCAAAGAAAGCUUUGAAGUUGAAGAAGAAGGAGAAAAACGUCCCAGUGAUUGUUGAGCCACCACCACCCGUUGUAGAUGCUACAGUCGAUAUGAUUUUUGAGUGGUGGACCCAUCUUGAUAUCCCUCCCCACGAACAAUUUAUGUUCGUCAUUCCGAAAAGUCGAGUUCCAAAUGUGGAGGCCAAAUUCGACGAAUUAUAUCAUGUUGGGUUCAUGAAGAACCGGAAGUUAUUGAAGGCAGCGUUAUCAUGUUUGGAUACGGUUUUCUAUGAUAAAACAUCGUUUGCAAUGAAGAUUGAUUUGUUAUUGCUUAUCAACGAGAUUGAAGAUAGAAAGAUGUCAAAGGAAUUGGUUUUUGAGAGAUUCAUUUUGGAAAACAUUGCAAGAAAUUUCAACCUCAAUGGUCGAAUACGUAACAUCGAUUCGGACGCAAGAUCAAUAACCUUGAUCUUGUCACAGACAAUUCAAACUUUCUGUUUUCAACCUGAUAUGGGAGAGAGGACGAAACUUUUGAUACAGUUAUCAUUUUUUGAUAUAGAGUUUCUCGGUUCAUUCCCUGAUAUAAGAGUGACAGCAGCGAGAUUGGAAAAAGCUCUUGACCAUAUAUCUCUUCUCCAAUUUUUGUACAAAGAAGAAAUCAGUGAAUGGACUCGUAAGACAUACUUGUAUUUGUUGGAUUUAUUCUCGACCAUUUUGGCUCAUGAAAUUACAAAGAAAUCACAAUACAUGACAAACUACAGUCCGGAGAACAAAGUGGAGCCAAUUUGUGUCAGUUUCAAAAAAGUCGUUCAAAAACUUGUUUUAGUGAGUAGAGAGGUUUUCGAAACUCAAGAAGAUUGGUCGGCAACGAAUAAAGUGUCAUUUUCGUUCUACAUUGUUGGAAUCCUCGAAGAAGAGAUAGACAGUAUAAUAGAAAAAGUUCAAGAAAUGAACAGCGAAGCCAGAGACAUGAGUUUGGACAGAAGUGCCAUGCAAGCAACAAAAGUGAUUCUUACGGAACUGGAUGCUUAUCUUCAAGAAAAAUGUCUUGAAAGUGCUGUGGAGAGUGGAAAUUUGGAAUCACUUCGAAGUCUUGCUGCAACUAUUGUGAAACAUAAUAAGCGUCUGGAAAGAGUUGUGGCUUUAUACUGA